CUCAAUCUGAGGUCAGCGGCCAAAGCGCGGCUCAUACGAACGUGGUGAGCUGUUAGGUACUCGCUGCGACCACUAUAUACGUCAAGGAAGAGGUGCAGACAAAAAAAAAAGCGGCUCCACGACUGCUCCAAGUAGGAUAAGCCACCAUGGUGUCCAGGCUGCUUUUCAUCCUCGCACUACUACACGCAAAGACCGACGCGGUGCUGGAAAUAGCAAGGCCACGCCAGCCGCAGCCAAAAGCGAUCAGGAUCGCACCACCCGACCGCCCGACAACAGACAGCCGGGGCGGCGCCGUCGCCGCCUGGCACGCGGAACGAAAGAAUGCGAUCACGAAGAAGCUCGGCGCCGAGGUCAUCGCAAAGCUCGAGGCCCCGACGCCCGGGCGGACCCUCGGCUGUCUCGUCGCCGCCGACGCGCUCCUUAUUGGUCUAGCUACAUACACCCCACAUUUGGAUGGCUUGUGGUGGCUUGGAUUCGCCUCAACUCUGGGCGCCUACUGCUCGCUCGCGCAGUUCGCGCUGCUGCACGACGUCGUGCACGGGGGCGCCGACGACCUGAGCCAGCCGAUCGGUGAAAGGCGAGAACGACGGGAACAGAUUCUGAAAUGCGGCUCGCAGCCGUCCGUGUUCGGGUACUGGCUGUAUCUGGCGCUGGGCCAUCUCAACCACCACGCCGCCACGGGCGACUAUUCCGCAAAAGAAUUGUUUGCGAGCGACCAAUUGGCCUUCGAGGACGGCGACCUCUUCUUCGCGUCACACAGACAAGAAUCCACGAACGGCGCCGCGGACGACGGCGGUGGAAUAAUAGGAGACAUGACAAUAUCGAUCUCGCGCUUCGCCUACCGGUAUCUGUGGCGCUUCGACCAGGACGACGACAUCGGCCUGUCCCGGAACGCCCUGGCCUACGCCUGGUCCAUGGCGUUCGAGCGCUUCGCCCUUUGCUGCAAUGACAAAUAUGUGGCUUUGUCGGGAUCGAACGCGUUCUUCUUCCCGAACAAGCCCCAAGCCUUCCACGACCUGUGCGCCGACUACGCGCGCUUUUCCGCUCUCUGUCAAUUGGCCGUUUUCGCGCUGUCCGGCUUCGAUGGGAGGUCUCUACUAUUUUUGCUAGUCGCGGAGACCAUUUGGCAGGUGCCGCCGCUCCCGACAGCGGCCCUCUUCGUGUCGAACCAUGGUGUGGAUGAUGAAGGCUACGGCGUCGGCGGCGCGGCUCCGGACCGGCCGACGCACAGCGUGUAUGGGGGGCCCUGGUUCGAUGUUCUGUGCGUCGCCGCGAACUACCACUGCGAGCACCACGACUUCCCGAAGGUGCCUCUCUGGAACCUGCCGGAGCUCAAACGACGAGCGGGCGCCGAGUUCUACCCCGCGAGUCCGCCUUGGUAUGAUGUGCUGCGGGGCGCGUUCUCUUCCAAGAUCACGUACCCGCGCUGGGAGCGCGUCUGA